AUGGAAGGAAGCCCCAGAAUCCCCGAGGGCUUUGCCAACGUCAUUGACGUGUACACUUUUGAUCAAAUCCUUGAAAUGGACGACGAUAAAGAGCGCAGCUUCAGCCGGAGCAUCGUCGAGACGUUCUUCGACCAAGCAGAAACCACAUUUGGCAAAAUGGACAAUGCUCUCGCUGAGAACGACCUCGAAACCCUCUCGCAACUCGGCCAUUUUCUCAAAGGCUCCUCGGCGUCUCUCGGCCUAACCAAAGUUCAAAAUGCUUGCUCUGAGAUUCAGCACCUGGGCCGCCUAAGCCCUAACGACCCACCUCUCGAUCACGAUGGGCUGGAGGCCUUACUGAAAAGAGUCCGAACUGACUACGAUGAGAUUCAUUCUCUGCUAGAAGCGUUCUACAACUAA